GAACGGGUCCACGGCGCGCCUUCCAGUACGUCACACAACGACCCAUACAUGUUGAAUACAAAAAUCGAUUCUGUGCAAACCACGCAUCAUGAACAUACAAUCCAACCUUACUACCUCAAGGUGCCUCGCCCGUAACCUAUUUCAGGAUACAGAUUUCCUCAUAUGCACAACAUCUCCUUUGACCAUCUUUGCCAUUUAUAGUAUCUUUCUUUCAUACGGUAGAUUUCCUAUCCGUGGGAUGUGCUUUAUUUUCCUUGCUUGUCGACCUAUGUUCCCCGAUCCCCAGUCUCAGUUUAUCAUUUAGUCUGUCAGUCACACUGGAUAGUGUGGUACCGCAGAGCGAUUUCCUGAGUUAGGGUUGUGUUUCUUCAUUAGCAUAGUGUGCUUCGAGUUGUUGGAAUUACAUGUUGCUAGCUAGCA